AUAGGUUAGCCCCUUUGGGUGAUAAUUGUAGAGUGUGUGAUAAACAGCAAACACUCUGGAUCAAAGUCUGUGCAGUUUCAUCGUGUGAACUGUUGCAGUUAUUUUGUGCAGUAUGACAGAUAAUAGCUGCAUGCAGUGCAAGUGUUUCAUCAUCGUGCUAGUGUUUGCUUUGUAAAAAUGAAUGGAAGGAAAGGAAGGAAAACCUAUGAAAGGUGAUGGGGGAACAAGAUUUCAUUGCUUUCACUCCGUGAUUUUCAAGUCGCCACUGCGUUGGCUUUUUGGUUCAAGAAUUAAACCCUCUCCAUGAAAACGAGAGCAAUAUGGAUGACACUGAAAACUCUCCAUUUGACUGGUACUGUGGAGGCAACAACACUGAGACUCUGGUGAAUUUCAGUUUUGACCUGAGCCACACCCUGUACAAUGCCUGCUUUGUGGACUUGGUCUACACAGUGCCGCACCUUGUCUUGGUCCUCGUGGGCGUCUUGGUUCUCCUCAUCCUCGGAUGCUGCACCCGCAUCCGCCAAGAGGAGCACCCCUACCAGGUCCAGUUCCCUGGUCACAACGUCCGCUGGGUUUUCAACUUCCUCCUUCUUUCGCUGACCAUGUGUGAGCUGGGCGAGGGUGUCCUGACGGACGUGGACGUCUACCGAGACGAGCCUACCCAACCCCACCUCUACAUCCCUGCCAUCCUCUCCCUAUCAGCAGCUCUCUUGACCGUGGUCUACUACAACCAGAUGGAGCUGUGGAGCCAGCCACACAUGGUCUGGCUCCUGUUACUUUACUGGGUAAUGGCCCUGGGUUCAGAGAUCACCCGGUUCCUCAACUUGAACCAUGAUGUGGAGGUAGACUCCUCCCUCCUCAGAUAUGAUCUCUGCAUGGCCGCCAUAGUCAUGUACUCCUUGUAUUUGGUUCUGGAAAUUUGGGUCAUCAUAACAAAGAUUUUCAGUUGUUACCACAAAGAGGAGUUCCCGGAAGACCUAAAGAAGGACGACAUGCAUUAUCUGCAGGGCUACACUAACCUGCUGUCGUCAGCAUUCUACUGGUGGCUGAACUGGAUCUUCAAGAAGGGCUACAAGCAAGCUCUAGAAAUGUCAGACCUGGGCAGCCUGUCCGAGAUACACACCACCAAGUACCAGAGGGACGCCUUCACCAGAGCCCUCAGGAAAGAGCAGGCUAGAGCCAAAGCUCACAAGAAACCACUGAGCCUGUUUCGUGUCUACGUCCGAGCGUUUGGCUUUCGCAUGAUGAUCGGUGGAUUUGUCAAGAUAUGCGGCGAUAUUGCCACCUUCAUCCCACCCCUUGCACUUGCCAGUGCAAUCAACUAUGUCACUGAUGUCUACUAUGGCAGGGGACUGCAGGACUAUGCCAUUACAAAGUACAUCUCGCUUAGUGACUUCCUACGCAAUGGUUUUGUGCUGGUCACCAUCAUGUUCUGGGCAACUAUUGUCAAGGUACUGGGCCAACAGGGUCACUACCAUAUUGUCAUUACUGAGUCGGGCCACAUCAAGUCUGCACUUCAGGCGGCUAUAUAUGACAAGUCGUUGCAACUGUCCAGCUAUACCAUAAGUGGGGGCGCUAUGACCAUGGGCCAGAUCACCAACCACAUGUCGGUGGACACCACUAACAUCCUCAACUCAGCACAGUGGGUCCAUUACGUCUGGUCCAUUCCAUUUGUGAUUACCGGCUACAUGGUAAUCCUGUACUUUGAGCUGGGAGUGGCUGCCCUGAUUGGCUGCAUUGUCUUCUUCAUCACCAUACCCAUCCAAGUCAUCAUAGCAAGGAAGACGGCCAAGUACCAAAAAACUACCAUGUUCCAAUCAGACGAGCGUCUGAAACGAACCAACGAGUUGCUGCAGGGGAUCAAGCUGAUCAAGCUGUACGGCUGGGAGGACAUGUUCUACACGGCCAUCAGCAAAGUCCGAGCCCUGGAGGUCAUGACUAUGAUCAAGCAGAUGGGAUAUAAGGUGGUCCUCAUGACCAUCACAAAUGCUUGUCCGUUACUGGUGACACUUGUGUCCUACAGUCUGUACACUAAGCUGACGGGCAAGCCUCUUACCCCGGACAUUGCCUUUGCUGCCCUCUCGGUCUUCAACCAGAUGGUCACGCCCCUCUUUGUCAUGCCCAAUGUCUUUGUCUACCACAUCAAUGCUGUCAUCAGCACGGGCCGGCUGAGGGCCUUCUUUGAGGCACCGGAGAUCGAGAGGCAGGAAGGAGAGGCAGAGUUUUGGGCUAUGGGGAGGGAGGAGAAUGGAACACCUCAAAGAAGACGGAGCAAUCCACAGACUAAGCAGCAUCUGUUAGCCAACGAUGACCAAGCUGACCAGUCCAAUGAGUAUGGCACAUUUGGGGCCAAAUCUCCCUUGUCCAUUGUUCCGGAUGUACCAGACGGCGUGGCAGUCAGGGUCAAGGGAAGUUUCACGUGGGACACUUAUGCUAAGAUGCCUACUCUUGACAACAUCAAUCUGGAUAUACCUGCAGGAAAGCUGACCAUGGUGGUGGGUCAGGUAGGUUCAGGCAAGUCCUCCUUGCUGUCAGCCAUCCUGGGGGAGAUGACCACAGUCUCGGGCCAAGUCCAGUGGAACAGGAAACACAAUACCGUGUCUUAUGGAGCUCAAAAGGCCUGGCUGCUGAAUGCUUCUCUGAAAGAAAAUAUUCUCUUUGGCGACAAAUUCGAUAGCGAAAGAUACAGAAAGGUGAUAUCAGCCUGCUCCCUGCAGCCAGACAUCGACAUCCUGCCUGCUGGAGAUCAGACGGAGAUUGGAGAAAAGGGAAUCAAUCUGAGUGGAGGGCAGAAGCAACGAGUCAGCGUAGCCAGGGCCAUGUACAGCUACAAUGACGUAGUGAUUUUAGACGAUCCUCUCUCUGCCCUGGACAUGCACGUUGGCGGUCACCUCUUCAAGAAAGGCAUGGAGGGGUUCUUGAUGAGAAAAAGCAGGCGCACGGUUAUCCUGGUCACUCACCAGAUCCAGUAUGUGGAGAAAGCUGACAAGAUUGUCUACAUGAAGGACGGCCACAUCCUGCAUCAGGGUGCUGUGGAAGACAUCCAGGAAGAGAACCCAGAACUGGUGGCCAACUGGCGGGCCACUGCCAAGAUGAUGGCUGAGACGGAGUCGGAGCUGUCGGGCACCGACACAGGAAUGGAUGCGACUGAAGAACGUGCCAGACUCAAACGGCAGGUCUCCAAGCAGCUGGAGGAAGCCAAACGGAUGGAGGAAGAGGCAGUCCAAGCCUCAACGUCAGGUCGCCUAGUCCAGAAAGAGGAGAGAGCCGAGGGCUCUGUGUCCUGGAGAGUCUACUUCUCCUAUGCCCAGGCUCUGGGCUACUGGAUCUGUGCACUCAUCCUCCUCUUGUCCCUCCUUCAGAGCGGCCUCGGCAUCGGGACAAAUUUCUGGCUCUCAGAGUGGUCCGAAGCGGGGGCCAACAUGACCAAUGCCACACAGGCAGAGCUGUCUGAUUCUCUGCUGUACUACCUCGGUGGCUAUGCAGGCCUGUCUGUGAGCAGCAUCGUAGCUGGUGCAGCAGCCACUGCUAUGGUGUACAUAGCAUCUCUCUACGCUGCCAGGAGACUGCACAACAGCAUGCUGAGAACGGUCAUGCAUGCUCCCCUAAGAUUCUUUGAUGUCACUCCCAUUGGACGAAUUCUCAACCGCUUUUCGUCAGACACCAAUGUUGUUGAUCAGAAACUGGGCUUGACUCUGUCUUCUUUCAUACGGAAUGGCCUGAGCUGCGUGUCGGCCGUGGUGGUCAACAUCGUAGUGGUUUGGUUCUUUGCUAUUGCAUUGAUCCCCAUCGUCAUCUUCUACCUGCUGAUAAUGAAGGUCUUCAUUAUGACAUCAAGGGAGCUACAACGUCUGGACAGCAUCAGUAAGUCACCAGUUUAUGCACACUUCUCUGAAUCACUGGGAGGAUUAUCCACCAUCAGAGCCUACAAGCAACAGCGUCGCUUCCAAGAUUUGAUCAUCAAGAAGAUUGAGUGCAGCAACAUUACCUUCUUGUACCUGAAUACUAGCAAUAGGUGGCUGGCUAGCAAACUGGACCUGAUCGGAGCCAUCAUUGUUCUGAUUGCGGGCCUGACUACCAUGAUCACUGCACUCACCACAAAUUCCCUCAGCCCCAGCCUGGUUGGUCUUGCCAUAACCUAUGCCUUAAAUAUAGCAACACAGUUGAACUGGGUGAUCCGUAUGUCUGCUGAUUUGGAGAUGCAGAUGAACGCGGUGGAACGAGUGGAGUACUACAAGGCCAUUGAGACUGAGGAAUACAGAGGCAUCCAGAACCCUGGCCCUGACUGGCCCAAUCGGGGCAACAUUGUCUACAACAACAUUUCGGCCCGCUACGCCUCGCACCUGGAUGCUGUUUUGCAUGGCAUCUCCAUCCAUUUCAAUGCCGGUGAAAAGAUUGGAAUCUGUGGUCGGACUGGAAGCGGCAAAUCCUCUCUGGCUCUAACUCUUUUCCGAAUCAUCCAGACUUUUGAAGGAAGUAUCACAAUAGAUGGAGUGAAUAUUGCCCACCUGCCGUUGGUUGAUGUCCGCCGCCGUCUAGCCAUCAUUCCUCAGGACCCUGUGCUCUUCACUGGCACCAUCAGAUUUAACCUUGAUGCACAGCAUGCACAUGACGACAGUGCAUUGUGGGAAGCCCUGGAGACAGCUCAGCUGAAAGACGUGGUAUCAGACCUGGAAAAGGGAUUGGAUGCCAUGGUGACAGAGGGAGGUGAGAAUUUCAGCGUGGGUCAGCGUCAGCUGUUCUGCUUAGCUCGUGCCUUCUUGAGGAAGACUCGUAUUCUUGUCAUGGAUGAGGCCACCGCCUCUAUCGACUUGGAAACGGAUGCAAUUCUCCAAGACGUAGUCCGCACUGCCUUCAGAGAUCGCACAGUCAUCACGAUAGCUCACCGUGUUCAAACCAUCCUGGACUCAGACCACAUCCUGGUUCUGAACGAGGGUCGGAUCGCCGAGUAUGACACGCCCGAGAAUCUGCUGGCUCAAGAGGACAGCAUCUUUGCCUCUCUCGUCAGGGCUGGAAGUUAAGGAAUUGAAGACUGUUCAACAGUGCCAAACCUCUGCCUUGCUGGUCAAAAUUGGAAUUUCACAUCAUUAAAACAGACUCAAAAGAUGUACACUUUUUCCACAAACAAUGAUAGUGUUAUUAACGCUUUUUUCAAACUUUGAAAAUUAGCAGGGUGUUUCCAUCCCAGUAGAAUUUUUUUCAAUGGUAGAAGGACAGAACUAAUGAAACAGGAAGCGAGAAAAUUGUGUGUUCUUAACUUAAAGUUUAUAGAAACCAGUAUUGCACCAACUAGUGCAACCGACAUGAGCAUCUUUAUUUGAGGCCAGAAAAAGGUGCCUUACUCAAAUCAGAGAAGGGUUACAUAUGUGAAGUGGAACAAUUAAUGUAUACAUGAUGCUG